GGCGGCCGUCUGAGCCGGGCGGGCGGCAGAUCGGGGCCGCCGGAGACGCGCGGCCGGACCUUCCGGGGCGCCGCUCCCCUCCCGAUUGCGGCUUCCCCGCGGCGGCGGGCUCGACGCGCCAUGGACAGGCCGGCGGCGGCGGCGGCGGCGGCGGCGGCGGCGGGCUGCGACAGCGGCGGGGGCCUGGGCCCGGGACCGGCGGGCGGCAGGAGGCCCCCUCGGGUCGCGGGGGGCCCCGCCGUCGGUUCCCGGCAGCCUAGCUUGGAGACUCUGGACAGUCCUACAGGAUCACAUGUUGAAUGGUGUAAACAGCUUAUAGCUGCUACAAUUUCUAGUCAGAUUUCAGGUUCAGUGACAUCAGAAAAUGUAUCCAGAGAUUACAAGGAGAUUCAGGAAGAACACAAUGGCUACCCUUCUGAAGCUGAAGCUGAUCAGGCUCUAAGGGAUGGAAAUAAGCUGGCACAGAUGGAAGAAGCGCCACUUUUACCAGGAGAAUCAAUCAAGGCCAUUGUGAAAGAUGUCAUGUAUAUCUGCCCAUUUGUGGGAGCAGUGACUGGCACCCUGACAGUGACGGACUUUAAGAUGUACUUCAAGAAUGUAGAAAGAGACCCACAUUUCGUCCUCGAAGUCCCCCUGGGAGUGAUCAGCAGAGUUGAGAAGAUUGGAGCACAAAGCCAUGGAGACAACUCUUGUGGCAUAGAGAUUGUGUGCAAGGAUAUGAGGAACUUGCGACUUGCUUAUAAACAGGAAGAACAGAGUAAACUCGGGAUAUUUGAAAACCUCAACAAACAUGCAUUUCCUCUUUCCAAUGGGCAAACACUCUUUGCCUUCAACUAUAAAGAAAAAUUUCCAGUGAAUGGAUGGAAAGUUUAUGAUCCAGUAUCUGAAUAUAAAAGACAGGGCUUGCCAAAUGAAAGUUGGAAAAUGUCCAAAGUAAACAGUAAUUAUGAGCUCUGUGACACCUACCCUGCCAUCAUUGUUGUGCCAACUAGUGUAAAAGAUGAUGAUCUUUCAAAAGUAGCAGCAUUUCGAGCAAAAGGUAGAAUCCCGGUGUUGUCAUGGAUUCAUCCAGAAAGUCAGGCAACAAUUACCCGUUGCAGCCAGCCGCUUGUGGGUCCCAAUGAUAAGCGCUGCAAGGAAGAUGAGAAGUACCUGCAAACAAUAAUGGAUGCUAAUGCACAGGCUCACAAACUCAUCAUCUUUGAUGCCCGGCAAAACAGCGUCGCCGACACAAACAAGGCAAAGGGUGGGGGCUAUGAAAGUGAAAGUGCCUACCCAAACGCUGAACUCAUGUUCCUGGAGAUUCACAACAUUCACGUCAUGAGAGAGUCGCUGCGAAAACUGAAGGAGAUUGCAUACCCGGCCAUCGAUGAGGCACGCUGGCUGUCCAACGUAGACGGGACCCACUGGCUAGAGUACAUUCGGAUGCUUCUUGCUGGGGCAGUAAGAAUUGCUGAUAAAGUAGAAUCCGGGAAGACCUCAGUCGUGGUGCACUGCAGUGAUGGCUGGGACCGAACAGCCCAGCUGACGUCUCUGGCCAUGCUGAUGUUGGACAGUUAUUACCGCACCAUUAAAGGAUUCGAGGCUCUCAUAGAAAAGGAGUGGAUAAGCUUUGGACAUAGGUUUGCACUGCGAGUGGGCCAUGGCAAUGACAACCAUGCAGAUGCUGACCGAUCCCCUAUAUUCCUUCAGUUUAUUGACUGUGUCUGGCAAAUGACGAGACAGUUUCCUUCAGCAUUCGAGUUUAAUGAAUUCUUCUUGAUUACAAUUUUGGAUCACCUUUAUAGUUGUCUCUUUGGGACUUUCUUGUGCAACUGUGAACAGCAACGACUCAAAGAGGAUGUAUCUACAAAGACUGUAUCUUUAUGGUCAUAUAUCAAUAGCCAGCUGGAUGAAUUUUCUAAUCCCUUCUUUGUGAAUUAUGAGAACCACGUCCUCUAUCCUGUUGCUAGUCUGAGUCAUUUGGAAUUAUGGGUAAACUAUUACGUGCGAUGGAAUCCACGAAUGAGGCCUCAGACGCCCACCCACCAGAACCUCAAGGAGCUGCUGGCUGUCCGCGCAGAGCUGCAGAAGCGGGUGGAGGACCUGCAGCGGGAAGUGGCGGCGCGCGCCUCAGCCUCGUCGGAGCGGGGCUCCUCGCCAUCGCACUCAGUGACACCCGUGCACACGUCAGUCUGACACUGCUGUCCCUGUGGCCCAGGCGGGGCUCCUGUGACGUUCCUCACGAAGCCCUGUGCCCGCCUCGUCUGGGUGGCGCUUCCCACCAGUGACGGAUCUGUGCUAGGGGACGGCCCCCACUCUCAUCAGUGCUGUUGUGCCAUCAACACGUCUUUCCCUCCUGCCAGCACUUGCCCAGGGCCGCGUGGGGGACCCUUGGGCGAGUAGAAUGCAGGGUUCAGGCUCAAGGUGGGACAUCCUUGUAAAAACCAACCCACCCCCUUUUAAAGGCUGCAUUGCCAGCCCCAGGGCCUCUUUCGGCUCUUAGCGCCAAACCCUAGGGCCUGACAAUUAACUCUUGGCUGGGGAAGACAGACCAUCACCAUCUCCCCAUGCCAGCAGUCCUGCUGCACCAGUUACCAGUGUGUACAUAUAAGGUAUUUUUUAAAAAGAGAAACAUACCUUUAUUUUCCUAUGUCCUUUUUUUUUUUUUAAAUGUUUAGUCACCGAAGGAGACACCUGCUUGACUGAACUGGGUGAGCAUGGUCAAGCUGGGCUCAUGCGAACUCUGCUGUGGUUCAUUUGAAUGUGGUCACCUCAGACCGUGUGUCCUGUCCUCCCCUGACUGUGGGACCUGCCUCCCGAGGCGGCCCAGGCGCCUGUCCCCUGCCCCUUGCUACUGCUGACAGCUGACUGUCAAGGCGGGUCUUCUCUCACCUGUUACCUGCUGUCUGAAGUAAUAGUUCUCGUUUCAUCAAGAUCCCUUCAAACUCAGUUUAUUCUUGUCACUGCAUUUUGGUACUUUAAAGCCACCACGGCACUGUGACUUUGGAUGCCAAAAGCAGAGCGCUCACCUCCCUCAGUUUCCUGGUCUCAGGGCCUUUUCCUGCCCAUCUCACAGCUUCUGUCUCUGGGCUCCAGGACUCCAUGAGCCUGAGCAGGCAUUCACUGACCAUCAGACGCUCCAUCCACUAGCACUAGAGCUCUGAACUGCUCUGGGUGGCGAGUCAGAGUCUUGCACAUUUGCACUCUGCCCUCCUCCUCCUUGUGCCCAGCACUGCGCCCAUGCCUGCCAGCCCCCAAGACCUCAUCCCCCCGGAGGAAUUAAGCUUGCCUUUGAGUGGAGGAGAGCUCACCGGGUGAGACCUGAGUGCAACUUCAUAGUAGUAUCUGGUUGGUUUCAAAUUACUGGAUGCUACCCAAAGCCCUUUGGUCAACUAAUAUUGACCUUAGUUUUGAAAACAUUCUUAAACGUUUUUUUACACUUAAAUACUUAAGAGAAUAGAUGUUUUUCAACUUGGAACCUUCUGAUUCUUAUAGAAAAUUAUCUGGUAUCUGUAAGGUAUCAUAUUUAUUCUAUGUAAUUUGAUAACCUAAAAAAAAUUCUCCAUUUUUACCAUCUGGGGGAUUUGUUUCUAAACUGCAUUUUAAUUGAUGUAACUUUUGAUUCCUGCUUCCAGAAUAGCUAAAAGCUUAUUUAUGAAUGGGUAUGCUGGAUUAUUCAUUGAUAUGUGGAUUUCUUACAAACAGGGACCCAUUUUUUUUCCUUGGAAAUAUCUAUACAUAAUCCCCCCGCUGCCCUAAGACCACUAACCUUGUUGUGGACUGGAUGAUGUUUUUGUGAACCAGAGAAGUCAAGGUCAGCUAUCCUGCCGCAGGGAUUGCACCUGCAGGGAGCUGCCCCACUCCACCCCUCCCCCUUCCACGUGCUGGGCCCUAGGAGGACCCCUAGAAGCUCCCAUUUGGUUUCAAAGCAGCACAAUAGAGCAUUUCCUUUGUGUCUUCCUAGCACAGAACUGUUUCUAAAACAACUUGAAGUAUAGUUUUGUUAUGUAAGCAAUUCUUUCUCGGUUUUAUUUAAGUGUACUAGAAUGUAAAACCUUUAUGGUUCAGGUUUUUAAAGACUGGUACAGUAUGAUAUUUGCCUCAUCUGAUGCACUGUAUUUCAAUCUGUAAUUAAAAUAAUGUUUGCUCCGUGGUCUCA